AUUACUCAAUCCUAUAUAACUUGUCAACCUUCUGCCGCUCUCUCGCCAUCAUGCCAAAUUCAAGAGGAUGACUGCCGAUUUCAAGUCCGCCGGCCUGCCGGAUUCGACCAGUUUAGGCACGGAGUCUCAGCCUGGCACCCCGGAGGCGCACGCACAUCAUGUCUUCAACGAGCAGACGAAUUACGUACCCAAAAGCACAAUAAUAACCAUUUUUCUGGCCUGCUCGACAGUAGACCUGAUCGCGUUGAUGGACCAGACGACACUGGCAGCUAGUUUAGCUAUCAUUGGAAACGCGUUGAAUGCCAGCGACAAGGCAGCGUGGAUAUCCGGAGGAUAUUUUGUGACAUCGACAUGCUUCCAGCUGAUCUAUGGUCGACUCUCAGAUAUCUGGUCGCGCAAGUUUGUGCUCUUUGUAGGCCUGGGCAUCUUCUUCUUUGGUUCCCUCGCCGCCUCUCUAGCUCAAACCGCCACCCAGCUGAUCGUCUUCCGUGCAUUUACCGGAGUCGGCGGCGGGGGGCUGAUGACUGUUGCACAGAUGAUCGUGAGCGACGUGGUUCCCCUUCGCGAGAGAGGAAAAUACCAAGGUAUCCUGGGAGCCGUGGUUGCACUCGCCAACGGUAUCGGCCCAGUGAUCGGAGGUGCCCUAUCUUCUAUAUCCGACGACUCAUGGCGCUGGAUCUUCCGUCUCAAUCUACCGCUGACUGCGCUCACAACGCUCUGCGUUCUCUUCUUUAUGCCUUUGCGCAAGGUAACCGGAGACUGGAAACUGAAGCUCAAAGCAAUCGACUUUGUAGGAGCUUCGCUGGCCCUUGCAGGCACCGCGGUGCUCCUUUUAGGGCUAACGUGGGGUGGUGGUGAAUAUCCCUGGGACUCGGCUCAUGUGAUUGCCACAUUGGUCAUUGGCUUCGCUGUUUGCGUUGUCUUUAUGCUCUGGCAGUGGAAGGGGGCUCGGUACCCGCUGGUGCCGAUGCAUAUCUUCAAGUCCCGUAUCGUCAAUGGUGCUUGUCUGACCAUGUUCAUCAAUGGAUGGAACUUUUUAGUCCAGGUCUACUAUAUUCCCACGUUCUAUCAGCUUGUCUUCAAUUAUUCGACCGUCAAAUCUGGCGCGAUGCUUUUACCCAUUACCCUAAUGCAAACUGUCAGUAGUACCGCGUCUGGACUUGUCGUGCACUGGGUAGGCCGAUACAGAGAGUGUAUCCUCUUCGGAUGGAUGAUAUGGGCCGUUGGACUGGGGCUAUUCUCGACUCUAGACGAGUCCUCUGGUCUUGGAAAACAGAUCGGUUACGGGAUUCUGACUGGUGUAGGUGUUGGAAAUACGCUGCAACCUGCCCUCAUCGCCAUUCAAGCCGGUGUCGAGCGCCGAGAUAUGGCCGUCGUCACUUCAUUCCGCAACUUCGUCCGGAACCUAGGCGGAACCCUUGGUCUCGCAGUCGCGCAAACAAUCAUAAACAACCUCCUAGCCACUGCCCUGACAUCCCUCUCCCUCACCGCAACUGAACAAAAGUCCUUCCUUUCCAGCCCGCAAACCUACCUCUCCACCCUGCCAGCAGAGGAAGCAGACCGUGUGCGCGCUCUGAUUAUUCCGGCCUACAAGCGCGGAUUCAUGAUAAUUUUUGUUAUCGGUGCUGCGCUAUCUGCGGCUGCCUUUGGCCUUGCGAUUGGGCUUAUGCCGCAGGUGGGGCUUGGGAGGGAGGAUGAUGAGAAGCUUAAGGCUGAGGGCAGGAGGAGAGUCAAAGGCGAAACGGAGGGGAGUAAUGAGGAGGCGAGAGAGGGAGGGGUUAGGUAGGCAGGAGUUGUGGUAGUUGAGUAGGAAGGUAUGUAUAAAGAUAGAACGGGGUGGUUGUUGCAUAGAGUUACUUUUGAGCGGAGAUUGCAAUAGAGGCGAGGUGAUAAAAUCAGAAUAGAUGAAGACUGUGUGUUUAUUCCAAUCAUAUGAAAGAGGUCUAGAAGCAGAAACAGUUGCAGACAGAGGUAUAGCCACAAAUACUUCCAAGUAUACGCCCAUCAAACCAAACCAGCUCAACCACUAUAACAGAAGCUUAAUGGGAAAUCGAAAUCACACUCCCCAAGUACCCCUCCUUCCCCGAC